AUGGUGGCGCCCGGUGGUGCCAUGAGCGAUUCUGAGAGCUGCAGCAGUAGCAACAGCGAUGCAGAGGAGUUGGAGCGAUGCCGCGAGGCAGCGAUGCCCGCCUGGGGGCUGGAGCAGCGCCCGCAAUGGACAGAAAAACCUAGAACCGAUGCUGCAGGUAAACAGGUGCCGGCGUCCCAGCCAAGCCACAGGCGCGAGGUGAACAAGCAUGACGAAGAUGGCAAUGAGCUUCAGACCACACCUGAGUUCCGAGCCUUUGUGGCCAAGAAGCUGGGAGCCAUGCUGGACAGCUCCAUCGCUGUCUCAGAAGUGUGGAAGAAGCCAUGCAAGGCAGAGGUGCAGCCCGUGGCAGAGGCGGAGGACGGCUUCCGCCUUUUCUUCACAUCUAUCCCCGGAGGCCACAAGAAGGAAGCUUCUCCGAAACCCUGCCGAAAACGCCAGCCCCCCAGCUCCAGCAGUGACGACAGUGACGAGGAGUGGCAGCGGUGCCGGGAGGCAGCUGUGUCUGCUUCGGACAUUCUCCAGGAGUCAGCCAUACACUGUGCUGCUGAGGUGGAGAAGGAGGCGGAGAGAAAGAAAUUGAAAAAGAAAGCCAAGAAGAAGGCUGACAUUGACUUAACCGGAGCCACAGGCCUGAAACAGGAAAAGGAGGCAGGCACCGUCAAUGGGGACCCAGCAUCACUUGGGACCAAAAAGAAGAAAAAGAAGAAAAAGGCCAAGAAAGCCAGGGAGGCUUCCCUGCGCCCCCCAGCAGAGUGUGCAGCAGCUGGGCCUGCAGACUGACUCCAGGCUGAGGCAUCAUAGCCACCCGCUCUUGAGGCUGAGGCGCCUGUGGAGUCCAGGCAAAGCUAAGCCGCUCUCCAGGUCCAGCACCGCCUCCGCCCACAGUGACUUUAGCUGGGCUUGUGGUUCCAGAACAUUCUAUUACCUCAGGACGGAGGACGCUUCCAGUUUCUAAGACUGAGUCUUAGAGCGUCCAUCUCCCCUACCUGCCCAGCCAGGUGUGACACGUGGUCUUUAGAAAUGAGAGGAAGGGUCUCCAGGGUACUGAGGCCCAGGGAAAGUUUGUACCCCUCCCCCAGCCCACACAGACUCAACAGCGUUGCCAGGAAAAGAAGGAAAGAUACCCCCUCCUUUUUUCCCCAGAAUUUUCUUACUCCAAAAUUUUUAAUAUACCAUCCAUAAAAAUAUGUCUAAGUCAGGUCAGUUACUGCAUCAGGCGCCAGAGUACUGGGGACCUACUUAAUUUAGGGUGCAGGCUUGGCUGCAAGGCCCCAAGUAAGUUCUGGCCCCAGCACCAAAGAAAAAAGGGAAAAUAAAUUAUCAGUGACCCAAGAAGUAGCCUAGGGACUGCCCUGCUUGGUGCUGACCCUCUCUGUUUUAUUGUUUGUCUGAGAGAGUCUCUGUGUAGCUCAGACUGGCCUGCGGCCGCCAGCAUCCUGCUUCUACCUCCUGAGUAGGAGACAGGAAUGUGCUGUCAGUGCUGUGGUGUUGGGUGAUCACGCUUACUCGGCAAGUGUUCUACCGCUGAACCGCAUCCCACCCUCAGUGCUGAAAGUUAGGGGACAUCUUAAAUAAAAACCGCACGUGGGAGCCUCCCAUCCCCCAAAUCUUCCUCACCCCAGCUUCAAGACUCCAGGAACGGCACCACGUGCGGACUGGGUUCCUUGCAGUGAAUCUGCGAGGAGAAGGCUCAGGCUCGGGUGGUGUCUCCUCGCCUCAUUUCCAGUGACACAAGAGAAACAGACGUGUGACCAUGUGUCUCAGGGCCCUGGCCUGUGCCCACCUUCCCUCUGCCUUCCCUCCGGCUGCUGAAGGAUAAGCAAGAAGCUUCCAUACAUGUUUCUUUGACUUUACUAAAAGUUAAAUAAAUGUACAGGCUUGUCCA